CAUUGAAAUCCAAUAUGAAGUCAUUUCCAGAAUUUUUAAAUUCGAUAAAAUAUAGAGUUAAUAACAAUCUAUCCGUCAUCUUAAUUGAGGAUUUACCAAAUAUAUUUCAUAAACAAACCAGAGAAAUUUUUCAAAAUUCUUUGAUCCAAUGGUUAAAUAUAGAUUCUAACCAAAACUUACCACCAAUAAUAAUUUCAAUAUCUGAAUUUACCUUUAAUGAUAGCGAUGAUAUUAACAUGA